CCUCUCAAACUCCACCACAAAACACCCAUCCAACUCACAAAAAAAUCUGUGUCUCGCUCUCCCUCCAUUUCCCUGCAAAUUCCUACAACCCCAGAAAGAAAAUCGCAAAAUUUUCCAAGAAAUAUAUACCAAUACGAGGCCGGAAGUGUUUCUGAGCUGAUAUAUAUAUAAAACUCUUGCUCUUUCAAGUUUCAACAAUGGCUGCCUGUGCAUCACAAGCAGUGAUAGCUGCAGCCAACACCUGCAAUUUCCCAACGCAAAGGUUCUUCAGCAACAGGUAUCAGUGUGUGAGUAAAGUACGAACUUCCAGCGUCUUCACUAUCAAGGCUUCAACUGAAGAGACUGAGUGCAAUGUUGAAGAGUGUGCUCCUGAUAAGGAGGUUGGGAAGGUCAGCAUGGACUGGUUAGCUGGGGAGAAGACCAAAGUGGUUGGAACAUUUCCGCCUCGCAAGCCGGGUUGGACAGGCUAUGUUGAGAAAGACACAGCUGGGCAAACAAACAUAUAUUCAGUUGAGCCUGCAGUUUACGUGGCGGAAAGUGCGAUAAGCUCUGGAACUGCGGGUUCUUCUUCAGAUGGAGCUGAGAACACAGCAGCAAUCGCCGCAGGCCUUGCCCUAAUCUUUGUUGCUGGAGCUUCAUCAGUACUCCUCCAAGUUUCUAAAAAUCCACCUCAAGUGCAGACCGCAGAAUAUUCUGGCCCAUCCCUUAGUUACUAUGUCAACAAGUUUAAACCACAAGAAAUUAUUGAAGCCUUGGUGCCAAACGAAACUGAAUCACCCUCGUCUGUUCCGACAGAUAGCUCUGCUGCUGAGGUACCCCAGAUUCAGGUCAAAUCCCAAAUUCAACUGCAGGCCCCCACUCCAGGUGUUGAAAGUAUCUUUUAGGGAAUUGAAGUUGGUAUGGUUUAUUGAGCUGUAAAAUCUUACUAAAAUUUUUUCUUCAUAUUUUGAAUGUAUCUAAUUUACGAUAAAGAUGUAUUCUCUGCAACGUUAUGGAGAUGUGUAUCGCAUUGAUCGCAAACAUGGUUAGAAAUACAGUUUUGUUUGUGCCAUAGAUCAUGUUACAUGUGUUAUAUAUGUUUGAAAAUUCUGUGUCA